CACUGAUGUGUAUAAAAUGGAUGACUAAUAAGAACCUGCUGUAUAAAAAAAUAAAUAAAAUAAAAUUCAAAUAAAAAGUAAAGAGGUGAAGAGGGAAGUGCCCAUCAUAAAGAGGGUGGGUCAGUCCCGAAAAUACAGGAAAAGGAGUGUCACAAGCAAAUGGCACCUGUGCCCAGUCUGGCACUCUUCAAGUGGGGGCACCUUGUCUAUUCGAUUUUAAGUAUCUUCAAUCCACUGGCCAUGUUAUUCCUAUGAUUAGUGUUAUGGCAUCAGGGUAUCAUCAGUGCCUUUUGUCACUGAACAGUUUAAUAAUUCCCUACAUGCCUCCCACAACAUUUCACAAUUCUGUGCUUCUUAUUAAAAUGUGAUAGGGAGACAAUAGACUGGUCAGCUUGAAAUAAAUAGUCUACACGGCAGUUACGGUGUUCACUGGAGAUUCUGAGAUGUAAGUUUACCCAUGUGAGAAAGAGCCACUCUCCAUGGGGGCUCUGAAUACACAAGCUGACAAAAAGAAAAAAAGAAUAUGCACAACCAAGUUUGAUGUGCAUACAUAUAUUAAAAGUAUAAAAGCAUGCAUGAGAAUGAUAAACACCAAAAUCUGGCUAGUUUACCUCUGAAGAGGUAAGAGGAAAGUGGAUUGAGGUGUACACAGGGGAAGCUUCAACUGUAUCUGUAAUUUGUUACCUCAUUAAAAAUAUCAAAUGUGAGAAAGUUUUGGGUUUACUAAAGCUGAGUGGUGGUCAUUCUCCAUACAUUUUUGAUAAGCUUGAUAUUUAAUAAUAAAAACCAAUAUUUUAAAGAGUUCUUUUUGGUCGAUGGGUCUCUGUAUCCCAGCCUUGAUUGAUUUCAGUGGUCUCAUCCCCAGGAGCACCUUAGAAAUGAGCCAUUGAAGGUUUUGUCUGUCAUGAGAGAACAGGACACGUGUUUUGCUGAAAGCCUGCUUUCAGUUUUAAGGUUUGUUGGAUUCGUUGGCAAAAUAACCACUUGUUUCACAUAAAUAAACAGCUUUAAUCAAUUCUUUAAUGAAAGGUGAUUAAACUUAAUUUUAAUAUACAGUCAUUAGAAGGAAAGGAAUAAGAAUAUUAGAGAAACAUAACAGGAUAUACAUCACCGAAUUGUGCCAACACCUACUUCCAGAUCCAAACAGCAGCUGGAAAGUCCCAAGUGACAGCAAUCUGGAGCCCCAAUUGGGAAGGGUCCCGGAUGGUGCAUCCACCCCACAGCAUCUGGAAACCUUAUUAUCUAUUAUGUCUUUGUGUGAAGACAUGCUGCUUUGUAACUAUCGCAAGUGUCGCAUCAAACUCUCUGGUUAUGCAUGGGUCACUGCCUGCUCUCAUAUAUUCUGUGAUCAGCAUGGCAGUGGUGAGUUUAGUCGUUCACCAGCUAUCUGCCCUGCCUGCAACAGUACUCUUUCUGGAAAGCUAGAUAUUGUCCGCACAGAACUCAGUCCAUCAGAGGAAUAUAAAGCCAUGGUAUUGGCGGGACUUCGACCAGAGAUUGUGUUGGACAUUAGCUCCCGAGCACUGGCCUUCUGGACGUAUCAGGUACACCAGGAGCGUCUCUAUCAAGAAUACAAUUUCAGCAAGGCUGAGGGCCAUCUGAAACAGUUGGAGAAGAUAUAUACUCAGCAAAUACAGAGCAAGGAUAUAGAAUUGACCUCUAUGAAAGGGGAGGUCACCUCCAUGAAGAAAGUGCUAGAAGAAUACAAGAAAAAGUUCACUGACAUCUCUGAGAAACUUAUGGAGAGAAAUCGCCAGUAUCAAAAGCUCCAAGGCCUCUAUGAUAGCCUUAGGCUACGAAAUAUCACUAUUGCUAACCAAGAUGGUACCCUUGAACCAUCUAUGAUUGCACAGUCUGGUGUUUUUGGCUUCCCAUUAGGGAACAACUCCAGGUUUCCUUUGGACAGUACACCAGUUCGAAAUCGGGGUGGUGGAGAUGGAGAUUUUCAGUUCAGACCAUUUUUUGUGGGUUCUCCCACAGCACCUGAACCCACCAACAGCUUUUUUAGUUUUGCCUCCCCAAGUAAUGAAUUAGAGCAGCAGCAAGUCUCUAGCAGGGCCUUUAAAGUAAAAAGAAUUUAGUUCACCUUACAGAAUGUUUCUCUGUUUACUUUCAGUGAUUUCAUUUAGUAAAUAAUCUUUGUUUUAGAUAGGAGUCACCACCCUCUCUGUGUUUGUAUUGAGUCUUCGAAGUUGUCUUCACAUUUUCAACUUAUAAGAGAUUCAGUGGCAGCGGUGGGUGGCUUUAGAAUCAGGUUUCCUUUUCUGUUUCUAUUCUUUAAGGUGUAAGCGUUUUAUUAAACUCAAUUUUAGGGUGAACUGUUGAGUUUUCACUGGUAGUGAAAAGCUUACAGUAUUAUUGGGUGUUUUGUAGAUCACCAUUUGUUUCUGUCUGGGGUAUUUCUGAAUAGGCCAUGUUUUUAAACAUACUAUAUAAGCACCUAUGUUAUAUGGCUACAUGUCACUUUGGGUUCUGGUAUUUAUACAUACAUGUAUAUGUAUGUUCCUUUACAUUGUUUUUUUGCUGCAUUUGGCAGUAUGUUUAUGUGAAGAUUUUGGUUUCAGGAAAUAGUGAGUGAGCCUGUAGCUUGUUACUUGGGUGUGUACAUUUAUUUGUAUAUAUUUAAUGUAUUUGCCCUUGUAUUAACUUGUUUGGAGGUGUGCUUAUGUCAGUGAAUGAAGGUACAAUUUGAUGCAUGUAUGUUUAGUUCCUAUUUCUAUUUAAAAAUAAUUCACAUUGAUAAAGUUAUUUUGUAAAGUUGACUUUUUGGCAUUUAUUUUAGAAUAAAAUUACUUUCUUUACCCUUUUGCUAGCUGUUGCCCUGGGUCUACUUAUUUAGAAAUGCACUUCUACUGCAGAAAACUUACCAAUGUGUUGUUGAUCUCAAGAGAUUAUACUAAUUAAAAUACUUUUAA